UGUCUCACCGUAGCAUCUGCAAACAUUCUUGAUGCUGGAUAUUCAAAUCAUGAAUUUAGUAUCGCCAACAUUCCUUUAUGUAUCCCGCACUGUAUGCUUUCUGUAUUCGUUACUCGUACUCCCCAAAAAGUUAAUGAUUUUAUCUAUUUUGGUAAGGAAUGUUUGGAAUAUAAUGCUAUUACCAGGUCAAACAUUAAAUUAGAUAAUGUUUAUUUGAUUUCUGGGUUUAUCAAAUUUUCAACUUUUAGUAAUCUCAUGAUAGAGGCAACCAAUAUAGAUUAUAUAAGAAAAAACAUGAAUUCUAAUAUAUUUGAAAGUUUCUCUUCGUUACCCAGUACCCGAUCAAUUAUCGAUAUUAUUGCUAAUAAUAUUGAAUCUGCUACUACUUCUACUCAAAAACAGGAUCAUUAUUAA